AAGAAAAGUAAGCCUCUUUCUACCAGGAAAAAUUGGGAUCUCGAUUAUCUUAAAUAGUUUUUUAGGGAUUUCGAUCUCUUCCUAGUUUUCUGCGUGUGCAACUGCAGCACAUCCUCAAUUCCUCCGGCGGCACUUAUCUUCCUCGCUUCUGUUGGUCUUACCUCCAUGAUGGCGGAUACCGGCACUUCUGCUUUGGGUCGGCAGCUAAGGUCACGUUUUCUGCCUUGCAGCUCCAGCAAACGACGCCGGAUACAUUCAACAGAAGCAAACCCGACGACGGCGGCGGCGAUCUGUAAACUGGACGACGAUCUCCUCGUGGAAAUUUUGAUUCGCCUCCCAAACCCUAGGUCCGCCUGUCGGUGCAAACUCGUCUGCAAGCAGUGGAGCUCGCUCAUCUUCGACCCAGUACGCUUCAGCCGUCGCUUCGUCUCGCACCACCGGUGCAGGAACCAACAACAACAACCUCCUCUGAUCAUUCUCUCCGACGACCCGCAAUCAAUCAUCACGAGCUUCCUCCCCUUGACGACUCUAUCUUCAAUGUCCUUCGUGGUUUUGGAUUCCUACAAGGACUUGGUUUUGUGCGGGUUCCCUGGUCUGGGCCCAACCAGCGGCGAACUGUACAGAUCCUACUUCCUCUGCAAUCCGUUUACCAAGCAAUGGAUUGCGCUCCCUCUGGCGCCUGAAUGGCCAAAGGAGACUUCGAUCUGCUUUGCAAGGGUCUACAAAGCUCGAUGUUUUCUGUUCGGAUACUGGGGGAUGGACCAAGGAGGUUCUUGUUCGUCACAAGCAUAAACAAUUCUUUGCCAGAAAUGUAGUUUCCUGCAAUGGGGAGGUUUUCUGGACCUACGGUGUUCGAAACCAGGAUCCUGGUGUUGUUGGCCACCUGGUGAAGCCAUUCGUUGCUGCUUUCAAUCCUUUCCGGCCGGAUAUCCCUCCCACUGCUAUUGAUGUUCCACAAGUGUUUGGGAAACCUGGGUGGGAUAUUUCCGUCUCGCAAGGUGCUCUGCACCUAAUUGUAUUCGAAGACAGCCCCGAGCCAGGUCGUGCUGCACAGAUCGCCUCGAGUGUUUGGAGACUGGAAGGAGACCAUAAAUCAUGGAGGAAAGUAUGUGCAGGGCUGUUGAGGAGUUCGACGUUGUAUGAAGUUCGCCCCUUUUUUCGACCUAACCUACAUCCGGAGAAACCAGAAGUUGUCUUCUUCUGCCAUAUGGGUGGUCACGGCGAGCUUGUUGCCUUGUCCUGCGAUUUGGGGACAGGGGGGGAGCUGGAGCUCUUCACUGAAGGAAGACAGCUCCUGCCCUGUUGGAGGAUGUUCAAAGUUGAGUCUGCUUGCUGGCCGUCUUCGAUUGCGAGGUACAAGGAAUUGCGAGCAAUGUACGACGGAAGCUGCAGCUGUUGGGUUCAGAGCAACGACGAACCCCGCGUCUAGAACUCCCUCAAUAGCUGGUACGUAACUUGUGCCUGAUACUCACUUCUACUUGUAUAGUCUCUGCUACGCGGUUAGCUAUGCUUUUAAUGAAAAUUAUUACUAGGAAUUGUUAGUUAUGUUGUGAUGAAAAUGAUUUAGGAAUGCAAUGGUAAAGAAAAUGAGAAAGUAAGAAAAAAGAGAAGGUUCAAAAGCUUAAAGCAUGUACAUCAAGAAUGAGGAGGAAGAAGAAGCAGACCUGUGCCUUCCCGAAUGGACAAAUUUGGUCUGCUGAUGUCUGCAGAACUUACCAGAAAGAUGUCACACUUAAGCAAGGAGCAGAUUCUGAAUGCAGGGUGAAUUGGGACCAAAUAUGCUAUUAAAGCCUAACCUGAAGGGUAAGGGAUUGGGCCUAACCACCGGGUUAUUAAAGCCCAACAUGUUAUUAAAGCCUAACCACCGGGUUUGUUCAGAAUGGUUUGGGGACUGGGGUCUUCUUACAAUUAGAUUGGGCCUCGGACCCGUUCCAAGCAGGCCU